AUGAAUAGUGUAUUGAAGCCUCCAGAGCUUGAAAGAAAUGAUAUUGAAAAUGUAUCUUUAAGUGCAGAUAUUUGGGCUUUUGGUUUAAUGAGUUAUGAAAUUGUUUAUGGAGAAUUACCAAAAGGACGACCUGAACUAUUAGAGGUUCUGGAAGGUUAUCGAAAUGAUCACAGCUACAAUUCACGUUUAGACUUUAUUAUAAAGCGUUGUAUUGCUUAUGACCCUGACGAGCGAUUUAAUAUUAAACAAAUAUUACGUGAGAUUAACAGAAUUUUAGAACAGGAGCACGGACACCAAUAG